GGGCGGAUCCUGCCUGGGGGCUGAUCCCUCCCUCCCCUCGGCCGGGCUCCGUGGCGGCAGCGGCGGCGGCGGCGGCGACGGCGGCGGCUCCAUUCCCCCUCCUCCCCCGGGAGCGGCGGCGGUGCCCGGGCCGGGGCCCCAGCGCGGGCCGGGAGGGGGUGCAGCGGGGGCCGCGAUCUGUCCCCCGGGCCGCCGCGACCUGCUCGACGGCCGGCCCGCGCCCAGGGGCCCCGAACCGUGGGGCCGGGCCGGCGGCUGAGGUCAUUUUCCUUGAUUCCUAGGUGCCAUGAGGAAGCCACGUCAGAAGUCACGGCAAAAUGCCGAGGGCCGGCGAUCCCCAUCCCCCUAUAGUCUCAAGUGCUCACCCACCCGGGAAACCCUGACGUAUGCCCAGGCCCAGCGGAUUGUUGAGGUGGACAUUGAUGGUCGUCUGCAUCGCAUCAGCAUCUAUGACCCACUCAAAAUCAUCACAGAGGAUGAGCUGACUGCACAGGAUAUCACCGAAUGCAAUAGCAACAAAGAGAACAGUGAGCAGCCUCAGUUCCCUGGCAAGUCAAAAAAAACCUCAUCCAAGGGGAAGAAAAAGGAGUCUUGCUCCAAACAUGCAUCAGGCCCUUCUUUCCAUCUCCCUCAGCCCAGCUUCCGCCUGGUGGACUCAGGCAGCCAGCCAGAAGCACCCCCACUACCUGCAGCCUACUACCGCUACAUCGAGAAGCCACCUGAAGACCUAGAUGCAGAGGUAGAAUAUGACAUGGAUGAGGAAGACCUUGCCUGGCUGGACAUGGUGAAUGAGAAACGGCGACUAGAUGGCCACAGUGUAGUGUCAGCAGAUGCCUUUGAGCUGCUAGUGGAUCGGCUUGAGAAGGAGUCAUACUUGGAGAGUCGUAGCAGUGGGGCCCAGCAGUCACUCAUUGAUGAAGAUGCCUUCUGUUGCGUGUGUCUGGACGAUGAGUGCCACAACAGCAACGUCAUUCUCUUCUGUGAUAUCUGCAAUCUGGCUGUGCACCAGGAGUGCUAUGGUGUCCCCUACAUCCCUGAGGGUCAGUGGCUCUGUCGAUGCUGCCUACAGAGUCCCUCCCGGCCCGUGGAUUGUGUCCUCUGCCCCAAUAAAGGUGGUGCUUUCAAGCAGACCAGUGAUGGGCACUGGGCCCACGUUGUGUGUGCCAUCUGGAUUCCUGAAGUUUGUUUCGCCAACACUGUCUUUCUGGAGCCCAUUGAAGGUAUUGAUAACAUCCCGCCUGCUCGCUGGAAACUAACCUGCUAUAUCUGCAAGCAGAAGGGGCUGGGUGCAGCUAUCCAGUGCCAUAAGGUAAACUGCUAUACGGCCUUCCAUGUGACAUGUGCACAACGGGCUGGCCUCUUCAUGAAGAUUGAGCCCAUGCGGGAGACCAGCCUCAAUGGCACCAUCUUCACAGUGCGCAAGACUGCAUACUGUGAAGCCCAUUCACCUCCAGGUACUACCGUUGCUAGGAGAAAGAACAAAUUCCCUGGAAGCCUGAGUGAGACCAGAGAUGAGGAAGGGCUGAAGGAAGGCUGUGGGAAAGAGGAAGAGAAGGAAGAUGUAGAAGAGGAAGAUGAAAACCAAGGUGGGGCAGGUGGACCCCCCAAGGGGACGUCCAAGAAGAACAAGAUGACUUUGAAGCAGAAGAUCAAGAAGGAACCAGAGGAAGUGAGCCGAGAUAUGUCCACCACUAUCCCCAUGGUCACUAUCCCACAGAUACCCUCUUACAGGUUGAACAAGAUCUGUAGUGGUCUCUCCUUUCAGAGGAAAAACCAGUUCAUGCAGCGGCUUCACAACUAUUGGCUGUUAAAGCGUCAGGCCCGGAAUGGUGUUCCCCUCAUCCGGCGCCUACAUUCUCACCUUCAGUCCCAAAGAAACGCGGAGCAGCGAGAGCAGGAUGAGAAGACAAGUGCAGUGAAGGAAGAGCUAAAAUACUGGCAGAAGCUGCGGCAUGACUUGGAACGGGCAAGGCUGCUGAUUGAACUGAUUCGGAAGAGAGAGAAACUCAAGCGGGAGCAGGUUAAGGUCCAGCAAGCUGCUAUGGAGUUGGAAUUGAUGCCUUUCAAUGUUUUGCUGAGGACAACACUAGACUUGCUGCAGGAGAAGGAUCCUGCACACAUCUUUGCUGAACCUGUCAACCUGAGUGAGGUUCCAGAUUACCUGGAAUUCAUAUCCAAGCCAAUGGAUUUUUCUACUAUGAGGCGGAAGCUGGAGUCCCACCUGUAUCGCACCUUGGAGGAGUUUGAGGAGGACUUUAACCUUAUAGUUACCAACUGCAUGAAGUAUAAUGCUAAAGACACAAUUUUCCACCGAGCAGCUGUCCGCCUGCGGGACCUGGGAGGGGCCAUCCUGCGGCACGCCCGGCGGCAGGCAGAAAACAUUGGCUAUGAUCUCGAGAGGGGCACCCACUUACCUGAGUCACCCAAAUCGGAGGACUUUUAUCGCUUCUCCUGGGAAGAUGUGGACAACAUCCUCAUCCCAGAGAACCGGGCCCAUUUGUCCCCAGAAGCGCAGCUGAAGGAGCUGCUGGAGAAACUGGACCUGGUAAGUGCCAUGCGGUCCAGUGGGGCCCGGACCCGACGUGUCCGUUUGCUGCGCCGGGAGAUCAAUGCUCUUCGGCAGAAGCUGGCACAGCCUCCAUCAUCCCAGCCAUCAUCACUGAACAAGACUGUGUCCAAUGGGGAGCUGCCAGAAGGGUCCCAGGAGGAUGCAUCUGUGCUGGAGCAGGCCCCACAGGAGGAGCCAGAAGAUGAUGGGGACAGAGAUGACUCCAAACUACCUCCCCCACCAACCCUCGAACCCACUGGGCCUGCACCUUCCUUAUCUGAACAAGAAUCCCCUCCGGAUCCCCCCACUCUGAAACCCAUCAAUGAUAGCAAACCUCCAUGUCGAUUUCUAAAGCCCAAAAAGGUGGAAGAAGAUGAACUCUCAGAAAAAUCACCCCUGCAAUUAGGGAGUGAGCCCUUGCAACGUCUCUUUAAUGACAAUGGCAUCAAUAGACUAUCUCUCAUGGCCCCUGAUACUCCCUCUGGUGUCCCAUUAAGUGGUGUGGGGCGCCGCACAUCAGUCCUCUUCAAGAAGGCCAAGAAUGGAGUUAAACUACAGAGGAGUCCAGACAGAGCCUUGGAGAAUGGCGAGGACCACAGUGAGGUGGGCUCACCUGCCUCUCCCACCAGCAUCGAGGAUGAACGUCACUCCCGGAAGCGGCCAAGGAGCAGGAGCUGUAGUGAGAGUGAAGGGGAGAGGUCCCCCAAGCAGGAAGAAGAGACAGGUGUGACUAACGGCUUUGGAAAACAUGCCGAGAGUGGGUCUGACUCAGAAUGUAGUUUGGGUCUCAGUGGUGGACUGGCAUUUGAAGCUUGCAGUGGCCUGACGCCCCCCAAACGCAGCCGUGGGAAACCAGCCCUGUCUCGAGUACCCUUCCUGGAGGGUGUGAAUGGAGACUCUGACUACAGUGGCUCAGGCAGAAGCCUCCUGAUGCCCUUUGAAGACCGCGGAGACCUGGAGCCCCUGGAGCUGGUGUGGGCCAAGUGCCGAGGCUAUCCCUCCUAUCCCGCCUUGAUCAUCGAUCCCAAGAUGCCCCGGGAGGGCCUCCUGCACAAUGGGGUCCCCAUCCCUGUCCCCCCACUGGAUGUGUUGAAGCUGGGAGAGCAGAAACAGGCCGAGGCUGGAGAGAAGCUCUUCCUUGUCCUCUUCUUUGACAACAAGCGCACCUGGCAGUGGCUUCCCAGGGACAAAGUCCUGCCCCUUGGAGUGGAAGACACCGUGGACAAGCUCAAGAUGCUCGAAGGCCGCAAGACCAGCAUCCGCAAGUCAGUGCAGGUGGCCUAUGACCGAGCAAUGAUCCACCUGAGCCGAGUUCGGGGCCCCCAUUCCUUUGUAACUUCCAGCUACCUGUAGGGGCAGGGCCUGGUCUGUACCCGCCUGCCUGGCCUGCGUCCCCUGGGGCCCAGAGAAGGCUCUUUCUGCCCCUACGGAGGAAUGACUUGGCAGCUUCCCCUUUUCAUGUCAGGCCAGGGACUGGGCUGUGUCCCCCAACCCCCAAGGGCUAGGCCCCAGUUCUAACCAACCACGUGGUUCCCCUGGUGGGCCUCCUGUGUGCCAAAAACUUCCCGAGUUCCCUGGGCAAGUCCACGGAAGAUCCCGCUAGAAUUCGGGAGUCAUGAAGCCAGGGUCCAGCCGAGGAGGGACCUGGGCUCUUAGCCACAGGAGUGUCUGGCCCGCUCCGUCCCACUCCUAAGAGACUCCACCUUGGGGGAGUGAGCCAGGCUCCCGGAGGUGCUGUGGGACCACUUGGGUCCCAUGGGGAAUCUCCCUGAGCUCCCCCCGCCCCGUUGCCCAUCCUCACACAUCUCUUCCUUUCCCACGUCCUGCCCCUCUGCCCAUACCCAUCCCUCCUUUCCUUGCCUCCUCUUGUGCCAAACUGACAGAAGUCAUCACCAAAUUACACUUUCUCUCUCUUACGUCUCAUUCCCUUUGAGGCCAGCUGCUAUGUUAGGUGAGUGCCUCCUCCUGGCUCCUCAGGGCCCAGCACAGAGGCCAGCCUACCACCCCCUGCCCCUGCUUCCACCAGCACAUGCUCCCCCUGCUUCCUCUCUGCUGCAGACGCGCUGCUCAAGCUAGGCCGUGGGUGCCGCUGCCUUGACUCGGGCCGGCUGCCCUCUCCCUGGCUUGCCGAGAGAGGGGCUGAGGUCAGCCAGGCUCCUGUCAGCAGGACGGGCUGGUUGUGCACGUGUACAUUUGCUCACUGAGAGCUGGAUGGUUGUUGGGGUGCGUGUGCCCUCUCAUUUCUCCUCUCCAUGGGCUCUCCUUUACGGUAACAGCGGCCUUCAGUCUCGCUGUUCUGGCGCCACAGAUGGCCUGGCGCCUGCGGUCUGGCAUCUUCCUUCCAUGUCCUGUGCCCUGCCUUGCCAGCCUCUGCUGCUCCCACCUUCCAGAUUCAGGGAACACAGCGCUGUAUUGCAAACCCUCUGUCUUCGUCCCUCUUCCUUCAACCCCUUCCCUACUAUCACCUUCUCAAACACGGAAGGGAAAAAACAAACAAACUGUGAAAAACAGGGAAUGCUGACUGACGAACCCACCCGACCUUCAGAGGCUUCCUCGUCUGUUCUCUGGACGUUUCUUUUCACCUCUUAAGCACCAAAGUCGCAGGGCCAGGUUGCAGGCCGCUGAGCGCCGUGUUAAUUUUUAACCUGAUGUUCUUUUUAAUUGUUUUAAAUUUUUCAUAGGGAAGUUUUGGACUAAAACUGUCACUUGGGGAGAUCACUGCCAUUUUUACACACUCGACUUUGUAAAAAUACAACCAACCGACCACUGCAACUUCUUAUACAUUUGGGACAUGAGCCAGAGUUUAAAAGGGAACCAACAAAACUCUCUUAGCAUAAAGGAUGGGGUUUUGGAUUUUGUACAAUAAUGAACACACAAUGCAGCAUAUGGUUAGGGACGGACAUGGUGUAUAUAAUUGUAAAAUACUGUUCUAAAUUAUUCAGGUCUAUAGCUUCCAUUACUGGAUCCUCCAUUGUGUGGCUGAGUAUUUCCAAUGCACACAGUGUGGUUUAUUUAAAGGAGCCAAUGCGUUCCCCUUCCCCCAGGUAGUUGGUCAGCUGUGGACUCUGUGACCUUCGUCUCAACCUGUGUUGUAAGGUCUUGGGGCUCUCUCUUCCCCCCUGCUGCUCUCUCUUCCUUUUCUUUCUUUCCCCCCAGUCUGUUGGACUUUCUCCGUCUCUCUCUGAGCCUCAGUUUUGAAACUGCUCUUUCAGAAUGGAAACGACUCAGAUCCUGCUGUGGCGUGGGGCCUGCGUGUCUCGGUCGCGCCUGCUGUGAAGCACACAAUGCUCUAUUUAUUGUAGAAAGUGACUUUAUUUGCUUUCUAGAAUUGUUUAUAACAGAUGGUAUAAGAGAGGUAAUAAACAGAGAAAAAUCUAUGCCUUGUAAAGAAUACAAAAGUUAAUUUUACCUACUAUAAUAUGACUGUCGGAAACUUAUUUUCUCUCUGAGAAAUAAAUGUUCUAAUGGGCA